CUGGACUUGAGAUAAUCGCUUCUGCUAAUAGUAAUAAUUCUGCCUCUUCUCUCCUCUUUUCCUUCCGCCCCUUUCCUGCUCGUCCUGCAAAGAACCUCCUCCCCUCUUCUGCUUUCUCUUCCAAGCUCCAUCCCCAAUCAACACACAUUCCAUCGAUCUCGAGGAAGUCUUGCCCCUCGAUGAAUACGAACACGAGGUGUGGUUUUCUCAUAGACUAUCGUUUUAUCGCAACCUGGGGUAAACACCGCUGUUCACGACGGAGGAGGACUCGCUGUGCCUAGAUUAGCAACGCCGGGAGCUCGGUUCGGAUACUCACAAUUGAAAGAAAUAUCAUUGCCUGCAUGGCGGUCUUACUUCACUCAAUAAGCCUGGGCUAUUCGGAGCCUGGAAUCAAUUAUCCAUUAGGAAGCAAUUGUCAUUUCUCUUCCGACCUCUGUACUCGGCCCAAUUGCCCUGUCGUUUAGUUUAGUUCAGACUAGGCAACGCAAUGCCCCGUCCCAAAAGACUCGGUGCUCCAGAACCAAAACGGAGGAGUCGUAAAGGGUGUUGGCCUUGUAAAGCGAGGAAAGUGAAAUGUGGCGAAGAGAAGCCGUCAUGUUUAAACUGUCAGCGACAAGGGGAUGUCUGCGAUUAUAGCAUCAGGCUGAACUGGGAGGGAAGGACGAAACGGAAGCCAGCUGCGGAGUCGCCGGGAUCCCAAUCGAGAAAUAGUCACUUGGGUGGUGUCCUUUCUUCGUCGGAUAUGCUACUCGAUUCGACUCGAGUUGGUCCAACGGGAAUUAAUCUUCAGGAUGGAGCUUCUGCUGGGCGUCUGUUCUGGGAUACGGCCUCCCCAGAGAGUUUACCGCGCAAUUCACCCUAUUCUCCGGAGCUCCAAGGUUUUGGACACGCCCGUGUAGCCGCUCCGGCUCAGGCCCAGGACCAAUUAUGGUCUGACUACAAAGAUCCUCCGGCCGCUGCGAAUCUACCAUCCCUCCAACAUCCAGCUGGUCUUUGGUCAUCAACAUUAGCGCCUAACGAUGUUGCACUGCAGUACCAACAUCCAUCAGUUCAACCCCCUUUGGAUGGGAUCCCGUAUCCGUCACCGGCAGACACAAGCUCAAGUAUGAGUCCUGCCUCUGCAUUGAAUCUUGGAGCGCAACAGGUGCCACUGCCGUUCUCUAACCUCCGUCGACCUCUGGACACUCCGACUCACUCGUCGGGUAGCCCCCCUUCGGAGCCGGAUGGGGCGUUGACCCAACGGCCCAAGAGGCUUAAACUUCAACGUCUCCCCUCCCUAUCAAUGGACACUGGCUUCCCUGCGCAGGCUGAAGUUCAGGCGGAGAAUAUUACAAGUUUUGGUGCAGGUUCUUACCAACCGUCAAGUGCUCAUUUGUCUGCAUCUCCACAGCAAGAUGCUCCUUCUCCGUGCGCUAAUGCUACCUUCCCCCACGAAAGCUUUCUCUCCAAGGUUGUCAAUGGAUCCUUUUCGCCAGGCAGUCACUCUUUACGGCAUUCCUCUGAUGGUCUCACUCACUCCUUGCAAGCACAACACCCAGAGGGGCCAAACCAGGUUACCGAGCCUUCUACGGCGGAAAGCAAGUGGCAUACUUAUCUUACAACCGUGACGGAUAAUUACGGCCUUGACUGCGGUCGUCCGGACCUUGACCUGAACAGAAAUAACGAUCAUGCUGCCAUUGAUGUCAACUACGCGCUGGAUCUGAUCAGUCCCAUGUGGAAAAACGCGAGCAUUCCCAGGUCGGCGGAUGGCCCGAAUGAACUUGCGGAACAGACUCCAGACAACUCCAGCUAUGCCUACUAUGCAUCACCAGUGCCAAUAAACAUACCUCGGUACCUGUCGCCGCUUCCGUCAUCACUGUUGAAGAACCCGAUCAAUCUGAUGUAUUUUCAUCACUUCUUGAAUCAUACUGCAAAAAUGCUGGUUCCUCACGAUUGCGGUGAUAACCCGUUCAUUUCUGUGAUGCCAUCGAUGGCUAUUGGUGAUCCGAAUCUCCUGAAUUUAAUGCUAGCAUAUUCUGCCAGUCACCGGGCUCGGUACCUAGAACAUCCGGAGCCAGCAAAUCGGAUUGCUCACUGGGUCAGCAAUGUCUUCCCAGCAUUGCGUCUGGCACUGGAUGGCCCACAUGAAGACAUCACCGAUAGUCAUCUAGCGACGGCAAUCAUGCUACUGUCUCUGAAAAUCAUCUCGCCUAGUACUUUCGAGGUCCCGAUUCCUUGGCAGAGCCAUCUCAAGCUGGCUCGCGACCUCUUUCUAGCACGGGAGAAGCAGCUGGGAAGGUCGGGGAAUCAUGUCGGAGCUUUUCUCGCUCGUUGGCUUGGCUAUCUUGAUAUACUGGGGAUCCUUUCAUGUCGGCACAAUGAACCACCACUUCCCAACACUGCCUAUAACUAUGUUGUGAGCGUCUGCUCUGCAACUGGGAGCUUUGAUGAGACUUGCAUUGACUGCUUUAGCGGCUUCACAGCACGAACUGGUGUCUUCCUGACACGCCUGGGGCAGCUGACGCAUCGAUGCGAUAACGAACGCUUUGAUGAGGCUGGCAGUUUUCUGGCCGACUGGAGACCCUCGUCUGGUACGCUUUUGGAAGCGCAGGACUUACUAUGUGAAUUUGGCGACCUGCAUGAGCAUUCCCAUGUCAACGACACACAUUACCGAAGUUCAGAGGCUAGGGAGAUUCUUGCCAUCAAUCAGUCUUUUCGCUGUGCAGGGCUGCUUCACCUGCAUCGCCGUGUGUUAGGCUCACCAUCUACCUCUCCCCCGGUUAUUGAAGCGCUCAAAGAACUCAUCGAUGCCUUGAAUCAAAUCAAAACUGGAAGCUCCGCCGAAGUUGGAGUAUUGUUUCCGCUUUUCACUGCUGGAUGUGAAACGCAGGAUCCUCAGUCGCGGUUUGAGAUAAUGCAACGUAUUAUGGACUUGGAGAGAACGGGCAUGAAGCAGAUUCAGAGUGCGCGCGUCCUCAUGCAGAGGUGUUGGGACGAAGGCUUGCCGUGGAUUGCCUUGGCCCAAGGAGAGUUCCUUGGAUAGAUUGUUGCAUAUUGAGCUAGUUUUGUCUCUUCCAAGAUAGUGGCAUAUAAAAUAUGAUAUAAUGCAGCUUAUUUGAGUCCACUUCUUUGAAUGCUAGCCUUCUUCUAAGCCUAUGGUGUGCAAUUGCCUUUCCACGGAGGAUAGACCCUAGUUUAAGGCAGACAAAGCCACCUAGUGAGCAUGGCGCGCUCACUGUUGUGAAUCCA